AUGUCCCCGUUCGAGCCUCCAGUCAGCGCGUCGGCGUCUGACGCAAGCAUACCGAGAAGAGGAACUACCAGAUCAACCUCGUCCCAUCUAAGGCCUGAGGACGCAUUUCUGACAUACUCUCCACCAUAUCGAUCGACCAACAAGAAUGCUGCAUCCGACGACAAACGCAAANGAGACAAUCGUGGCAGUCGCAAUGCCAGUCGGAGGAGGCCACGCACAUGGAAGAAGCUGCUCUGGGUAAAACAAGCAUNNGUACGAGGCUCGCGACACCGAGAGAAGCUAUACACCACCAAACAAACACUGAGACCUUCAGAUCCUGAUAACUACACGGAUGAAGAGACCUUCUUAGACCAUCUACAGCGCAACCCCCGUCUCCGCCCUUAUGACUUCUGGCCCCUUGUUGCAGACUCUACUGUCAUCGUCCAGCACAUCGGUUCCGUCAUCAUCUUCGUCUGCUGCUUUGUCGGCAUCAAACAACAGCGUGUGUCGCCUGUAUCCGUCGUUAGCUGGGCUACUUUUGGCACCGUUCUGGGCUGGGUUGCUCGUGACUACUGGGUAGGACAAGAAGAGGCUGCACAGGCUGCUCGCGCUGCGCUUGCCGACGCUACAGCUUCGUCUAAAGCCGUUAUAGAUAGUCAACACCUCCAGGAAGGACUCUUGAGUCCUGCAGAUCCGACUUCGACACUGUCAGAAAACGGUAAGCUAGGUUUGGGCAUCUCGAGUGUAGCGGCUUCGCGUCCAGUUUCCAUGCCUUCAGCGACCGAGAGCCCAGCAUCGACGGCAUCCAGCACUGUUCAUCCAAACGGAGCUGCUACAUCCGCAGGUCACAAUUAUUACCCGUCUUUCAAAAACCAGACCUCUUCCCUUUCGCCUCGCAAUCAAGAAAGAUUGGCGACAGCCAAGUCUGCAAUUCUGAUAUAUUGUGCACUGCUCGGCUUAAGCCCGAUACUGAAAUCUUUGACCUUGUCAACAUCUCCUGACUCUAUUUGGGCCAUGAGUACCUGGCUUUUGAUUAUCAACAUUUUCACCUUCGACUAUGGUGCUGGUGUCGAGGCGAAAUUUCCUGCUUCUCUUUCAACAAAUGCCGCUCUUAUGGCAUCUACAGUUCUUGCCUCUCGGCUUCAAUACACCAACGAAGUCUUUAGCUUGACACUCUUCAGUAUCGAAGUGUUUGGACUGUUCCCAGUUUUCAGGCGACAUGUCCGACACGCAUCUUGGACAGGACAUUUGAUGUUGACUGCAUUGAUUGUCCUUGGUGCAGGAGGCGGGCUCUGCGUCACCAUCACGGGGGGAGGAUGGAAAGCCGGAGUCGGUGGUGCCAUUCUCGGUGGUAUUCUCACGUGUCUUGCCAUGGGCAUCACCAGCUGGUGGCUCAUUGGAUUACAAAGGUACAAGAACGAAAUUCAUGGGCCUUGGGAUCCGGCACGUCCGAUCAUCAGACGACAUUGGGAUUGA